UUUUUUUUUUCAUUUGGGCUCUUCCCUUUCCCGACGAGGCCGCGGCGUUGGGGUUUCAGUCAGCUGCCCCCCUCCCCGCUCCUCCCGCCGCCGCCCCCAGCCCCUUUCCCCGCCCGGUGAUGGAGGCUGCGGCUGCAGGGAUCAGUUCCAUCUUCAUGUGUAAGCUUUGUAACUUAUUUUCACCGAAUCAGUCAGAACUAUUGUCUCACGUCUCUGAGAAGCACACAGAAGAAGGGACUAACGUCGAUGACAUCAUUAUUCCGCUCCAGCCUCUAACAGCACCAACUAACAUAAACAGAAAUGGAGAAGAGCUCCUUGCAGUGAAGAGGAAAAGGGGCAGGCCAAAAGGGUCUACUAAGAAGUUCUGUGCAGAUGAAGAUGUGGCAGACAGUAACUCUACUCCAAGUGAAGAAACUCAGCCGGGGACAGAAGAAGGACCAGAACCAGCUGAAGUCUCACCAGGCAGCUUGGAAUGUAGGAAAUGCAAUCGGAAGUUCUCUAACACCCGACAGCUGAGGAAGCAUAUCUGCAUUAUUGUGCUAAAUGAAGGAGAAGAAGAAGGAGAUGGAGGUAAUGAUUCUGACGUUGACCUUGACAGGAAGGAAGAUGAGCGAGAAAAAACUCCAAAGAGGCCAAGAGUGCAGAAGACAGAGAGAACUCCAUCAACUAAGGAGACUGAACAGGUUCCAGGAGCUAAAAAUCCUAUUAUAAGCGUGGUUUUGACAGCCCAUGAAGCUAUUCCAGGAGCCACAAAAAUUGUUCCAGUUGAGGCUGCUCCCCAAGAAAGUGAACCCACAACUCCAGAGACAACAGUUCAAGACCCAUCACAACGAAGAGGAUAUCAAGAAUAUGCAAUUCAGCAAACCCCGUAUGAACAGGCAAUGAAAUCAAGCAGGUUGGGUCCAACUCAGCUGAAGAUCUUUACGUGUGAAUACUGUAACAAGGUAUUCAAAUUCAAACACUCCCUCCAAGCCCAUUUGAGGAUUCACACAAAUGAAAAACCUUACAAGUGUUCAUACUGCAGUUACGCCAGUGCAAUCAAAGCCAACCUUAAUGUUCACAUGCGGAAACACACAGGGGAGAAGUUUAGCUGCGAUUAUUGUACAUUCACUUGUCUCAGCAAAGGCCAUCUCAAAGUCCACAUUGAAAGAGUUCACAAGAAAAUCAAGCAGCACUGUCGCUUCUGCAAAAAGAAAUACUCAGACGUUAAAAAUUUGAUCAAGCAUAUCAAGGAAACACAUGACCUUCAAGAUAAAAAGGUGAAAGAUGUUUUUGACGAGCUCCGCUUGAUGACACGAGAGGGCAAAAGACAACUUCUGUAUGACUGCCAUAUUUGUGAGCGCAAAUUCAAAAAUGAACUCGAUCGAGACCGUCACAUGCUUGUUCACGGUGAUGAAAGGCCCUUUGCUUGUGAGCUCUGUGGUCAUGGAGCCACCAAGUACCAAGCUCUCGAGCUUCAUGUUCGAAAACACCCGUUUGUCUAUGUGUGUUCUGUGUGCCUGAAGAAAUUUGUCAGUUCUGUAAGACUCCGUGCUCACAUCAAAGACGUACAUGCAGAUAUGCAGGAAGCUUCUGUUUUUAACAGUUCUAUCAAUCAAAGUUUCUGCCUGCUUGAGCCAGGAGGUGAUAUCCAGCCAGAAGCUCUUGGUGAACAACUUCCACAAACUGCAGAUGAAUUGACUAUCACGAGUACUAAUGUUAUUAACACACCAAAACCACCUACCUGUACAGGUGAAACAACAGCUGCAGACGUAAACCAUAAUGGUCAGCCUAAUGGUGACUUAAAAAUUGAUACUGUUGCUUCCUUAGAAUUUGAAAAUCCUCUGGUGGACAAUGUAAGAGAUACUCUGUGUCAGGCAUCAACAGACACAGCAGUCCCAAACUUUCAGUCCUGUGUAGCAUCAGAUUGCUUUCUGCUGAAAAAUGGUACCUCUGCUCCUGAUGAGUUAAAAGUUUCUCCUGCAAACGAAGAGGAAGUUAAUCACUCCAGUUCUGUAAACGAGCAGGGUGAAGCAAUGCAGCUUUUGCUCUCUGAAGACAAAAGUUUAAAUCUAAAUCAGAACAAUGCGGUGACUGAGAAACUUUCAGUUUCUGAAGAGCGAAGUCAGUCUGCUCCUUCUAGUGAAUCAGAAACAAGCAACUCAUCAGUUCAGAACUCAGCAGAAAUCGCCACCCCUUUGCUAGCACCAGAUUCUAACGCAGCCAUCAGCCCACAGGCAGCCUCUUCUAAUGCAGAUCCAUCAGAUAAUCGGAGUGGAGCUGUUGCCUUUAUGCAGAUCUUGGAUAGCUUACAGAAGAGACAAAUGAACACAGAGUUGUGUGAGAGGAUAAGGAAGGUUUAUGGAGAUUUGGAAUGUGAAUAUUGUGGCAAGUUAUUUUGGUACCAAGUGCAUUAUGACAUGCAUGUUCGUACUCACACUCGAGAACAUUUAUAUUACUGCUCCCAGUGCAAUUACUCUUCCAUCACCAAAAACUGCCUUAAGCGUCACGUCAUUCAGAAACACAGUAAUAUUUUGCUGAAAUGCCCUACAGAACAUUGUGACUACUCUACUCCAGAUAAAUACAAGCUCCAGGCACAUCUUAAAGUUCACACAGAGCUGGAUAAAAAGAGUUAUUCCUGUCCUGUGUGUGAGAAGUCAUUUUCUGAAGAUCGACUUAUAAAAUCACACAUCAAGACAAAUCACCCUGAGGUUUCAAUGACUACAAUUUCUGAGAUUCUUGGCAGAAGAGUUCAGCUGAAAGGACUUAUUGGAAAACGAGCUGUGAAAUGUCCCUAUUGUGAUUUUUAUUUUAUGAAGAAUGGCUCAGACCUUCAGCGUCACAUUUGGGCUCAUGAAGGUGUCAAACCCUUCAAAUGUUCUCUCUGUGAGUACGCCACUCGCAGCAAGAGUAACUUGAAAGCACACAUGAACCGUCACAGCACUGAGAAAACGCACCUCUGUGAUAUGUGUGGGAAAAAGUUCAAAUCAAAAGGCACUUUGAAGAGCCAUAAACUCCUUCAUACUGCUGAUGGAAAGCAGUUUAAAUGUACAGUGUGUGACUAUACAGCUGCGCAAAAGCCACAGCUCCUCCGUCAUAUGGAACAACAUGUCUCUUUCAAGCCUUUCCGUUGUGCACACUGCCAUUAUUCCUGCAACAUAUCUGGGUCCUUGAAGAGGCAUUACAACAGAAAGCAUCCAAAUGAAGAGUACGUAAAUGUAGGUUCUGGGGAGCCUGCAGCAGAAGCCCUUCUCCAACAAGGUGGCAUUAAGUGUCCUGUUUGCAGUUUUGUUUAUGGUACAAAAUGGGAGUUCAACAGACAUCUUAAGAACAAGCAUGGAAUGAAGCUGGUAGAACACGAUGGGGAGACAAAGUGGGAGUUAACUGCCGAAGUUUCUGAAGAAGCAUCCACUCAGUAUCUCCAUAUCACAGAGGCUGGAGAAGACGUUCAAGGCACUCAAGCUGCUGUAGCUGCAUUGCAGAACCUUAGAUAUACUUCUGAAAAUGGUGAAAGACUUGAUCCAACAGCUGUAAACAUCCUGCAGCAAAUCAUUGAGUUGGGUUCGGAAACCCACGAUGCCACUGCAGUUGCUUCUGUAGUUACCAUGGCACCUGGAACCGUGACAGUGGUAAAGCAGGGUCCCUGCACUCAAUGUGGCUGAUACAUCAGGGAAGGAAAGUACAUGAGAAGUCUUAAAUUCCUGAAGAGUUUAAGUAGCUCUUGUUAUUUAAAUGAACCAAAAGUGUGAUUGUGAUGAAUGCCAGAACUAACUUUUGAGUGGUUUUUUUUUCAGUAUUGUGGUUAUUAAAUUCGUGAUGACUCUCUAGAAGUGGAAAGUCCAUAGUCUGUGAAGACAAUGUUUAGAAAAUUGCCACCCAAAUGUCAGGGAGACAAGGCAGAAGUUCAAGAAAAGCAUUUUGAAAUGUUACUUAGCAAGUAUUUUGCUUAGAAACUAUGUAACAGUUUGGGGGAUUUAUUUAUAUUUUUUUUUAAUUAAGAAAAAGAGAUCCAAAUUUGGAAAGGAAAUUCAGUCAUUAAAGAGGAGAGACAUUCCAGUCCUUUUUAUGUGCAAAUUUCAAAGCAACUUUAACUGUAGUCACCGCCAACAUGUAUGCUAUACUACAUAUAUGACCUGUUUCAAAGGUUGCAUGCAGCAUCAGCCAUUGGUGUUUGUGCUAUCUGUCAGUAUUACUGAAAACUGUUCUUUAAAAUAUGUCUUUUGAGGCCCUUCUACUAACAGUCUAGGGGAAAGUGGAACCUAGGUAAGUGGCAGCUGUGAAGAAGAAAUUACAUUUGUGAUACUGGAAUGUUAAAAAACAAACAAAAAAACCAUAAUUUAAAACAUUCAGCAAUUCUUCAUCUUUCAAGUAUUGAAUCAGAUCAAUUUCUGAUUCAUCUUAAAAUCUAUCCUCUUCUUUGUUAGACCAUCUGAAUUUGCUGAUAGCAUUUUGUAAGUAAAUAUUCAUAUUACAAAUUAAUUGUCUGUCGCUUUUAAAUCCGUAUUUCUGGCCUUUGAAUUUGCAAGCUGCUAAGCAUCGAUCACUGCUUUUUCCCUUGCCUUGUAUACAUUAAUGACUUUCAUUGGCCUAAUGUAAGCCUGGUAUAAGCUUCACUCCUAUAUCAAAUCCUCAGAGCACAGAAUCUCUUUGCCGCAUUUUCUUUUCCUGCUUUGAGUCCUGUUGCUAUAAAAUGCCAUUUUUCCCCAGUUUGAAGUUGCAGAGAAGCAAAAUCAGUUGGUGCAGAACUGAAGUAUGUCUCAAGCUGAGCGAUCGCGUGCUACCUCAACUUACAUCAGGUUUUACUAAUGCCUUACUUAGAUGUUCUGAGCGUUGUUCCUCUGUCAGUGUGUAGCGUGGCUACAGGAAUGACUGGAGCCUCUGCGACUUUUCAGUUUGUGUGUGCAGAAGUGUGCAGAUCUGUGAGUUUUCCAGGGGAGUAUCACGAGGCAGGAGGCCUACUGACACCUGACUGGCUGCCUAGUUACCUUUAGUGAGCUUCAUGGAAGUAGAGGAAGGGAGUUCUGUAGAAUUUAUUUAUUUAUUUUUAAUUAUUAUCAUCAUUUCACAUUUUUUUUCUCUUUUUUCUAUUUCUACUGAUGCUUUAUCAAAUGUUUGACCUAUUACACAGCCCUAGUUACUGUUUCCAGUUCUUCUCUUCCUACCAGAGGAUGGCUUCAGAAUUAUAGCCACAUCCUUUUUUUAACUUCAGGGAAAAUGUUUUUAAAUGGUGUUAACAUGAUUGUAAUCCUCUCCUAUUUAGAACUGACAGCUUUUCUUUUUUUCUUUAACACCGAGUUGCUUUCUGUGGGAUAUCACUCAUUUGUACCUACUACUUUGUCAUGUUUUAAUUAUGCUGAGUUCCUAAUUGUUAACCUUGAGGUGAUCAUAAGAUAUGUUCAUAUUUCACUUUCCCACUGGAAAAUUUAUUCUACACUGUUCUGUGACCUUCAGCUUCACUUGUGGAUUGUGAGACAAAAAAAAUCAUUCAGGGUGUCAGCAAUAUAUCAGCAUCAUCUGUCACUAAAUUUCCACUCUUGUUCUUCAGUGGCCUCCCCGAGUCCUUGCUUAGCAGCUUGGUUACAUUUUUUUUCUUAACAGCAUUUAUUGUUGUUCUGGUUUUUAUGCUGUUAUGUGUUGUUGUUUUUUUUUCUUUAAGGACAUACAUAACCCAUUUUUUUUAUCAGUUCUCACCUUCAUCUCUCAUUUUUGGCCGCCCUUGCAAGUUAUCUUCAUAUUUUUGUAUUUGCACCAAGAAAUUUCUUCUAAAUCCUAAAUUAUUAUAUAUUUUCAAAGUAUUUUUUGCUCUGUAUAUCACAUUACAUCAUUACUGUCUCUGUCUACCUUUUCCUCCCUCCAACUUUGUCCUUACUUUCACCUAUGAAAGUGCUUUUGACCCUCUAUUCCUAAAAUUCUGCGUGAAUCUAGACGUGCCUAUCAGUAACACAACCAUCUUCACCUUUAGCACUUCCCCUAACCCGUGUGCUCAAGUGUCUUCUGUGUGCAGUACUUGGAGUGUUUCAUGGUAAUGCAAGACUUCUGUCUGCAGAAACAAGCUUUGUUUUUGUCCAUAAGUCCUUCUCAGUACGCUGCUACGUGUGGAGUGCAUUUGCUAGCUCUGACUGGUAUCUCCUUUUUUAAUUUCUUUCUGUUAAGUCACAAGACAGAAACAUUAUCAUGUUUACAGUGUUCUAUUAAAUUAUUUCCCUGAGAUGGACGCCUUCAUGAUGCAUGUUUAUUAGAUCACGAAUACAAAUUAUUAUUGAGCUGAACUCAAGAUCAGAUUUUCCAUUCGAAGCUCCCAGCUUUUGAAUCGAGUGUUUAAAUUAUAUA